AUGGCGUUGGCGGCGUUGGCGGCGGUGGCGGUGGCGGUGGCGGUGGCGGUAGGAGCAGCGGCGGCGGCGGCGGCGGCGGCGGCGGCGGGUGGCCUGGCGGUGCCGGAGAUGGCGGUGGCGGCGGUGGCGAUGGUGGUGGCAGUAGGGGCAGCGGCGGCGGCGGCGGCGGGUGGUCUGGCGGUGCCGGAGAUGGCGGUGGCGGCGGUGGCGAUGGUGGUGGCAGUAGGGGCAGCGGCGGCGGCGGCGACGGCGACGGCGGGUGGCCUGGCGGUGCUGGAGAUGGCGGUGGCGGCGGUGGCGAUGGUGGUGGCAGUAGGGGCAGCGGCGGCGGCGGCGACGGCGACGGCGGGUGGCCUGGCGGUGCUGGAGAUGGCGGUGGCGGCGGUGGCGAUGGUGGUGGCAGUAGGGGCAGCGGCGGCGGCGGCGACGGCGACGGCGGGUGGCCUGGCGGUGCUGGAGAUGGCGGUGGCGGCGGUGGCGAUGGUGGUGGCAGUAGGGGCAGCGGCGGCGGCGGCGGCGGCGGCGGUGGCGGCGGCGGCGGGUGGUCUGGCGGUGCCGGAAAUGGCGUUGGCGUUGGCGGCGGCGGUGGCGAUGGUGGUGGCGGUGGAGGUGGCGGUAGGGGCAGCGGUGGUGGAGGUGAUGGAGGAGGUGGAGGUGGAGGUGGUGGAGGUGGUGGAGGUGGUGGCGGUGAAGUCACUGGCGGUGGCAAGGGCGGUGGCGGCGGUGGCGGUGGCGGUGGCGGAGGCGGAGGCGUGGGAGCAGUGCGGCGGCUCUGAUUGGACGGGACCAAAGCAGUGCCCCAUGGACCACACUUGCCUGGUCCGCCGGGAGAAGUUUUCGCAAUGUGUGCCCGUCUGGCUCGACGAUUGGCUCGGAUGGCGCACCGGCGACGGAGCCAUCUACGACGAUGGGCCAGCAGACGAUAUCGUGGCACAUCUUGCCAAGCCUAUGCACGACAGCAAGUCUCCCCCUCGAAACCCUGGACCAUGGGAGCAAUGCGGCGGCAAGUCCUACGAGGGGCCGACGGCAUGCCCCCGCGAGUACACCUGUCAGUACCGCCGCGAGACAUUCAGCCAGUGCAUCCCCCAGUUCAUCGCAAAAUGGAUCCCGUCCCACCCGGCGCACGACAACGACGACGCCGAUCAAAAGCACCGCCUCGGCUCCGACGACGCCAGCUCGGACGACGACGACGCCGACCGCCCGGACACGGACGAUAAGCACGAUCCGGAGAAGCCCUCGGACGACGACGACGUCGACAGCAAGGACGACGAUGACAAGCACGACCCGGACGAGACGCGUGACGAUGACAAGCACGCCGACGAAGAUGGCGAGAAGGACUCGGCCCACAGUCAUGACGACGCGGACAAGGCGCUUGCCUGCCGCCGGCGCCAGCCCUUCCCCGCUUGCGUCUGUGCCGCCUCUGACUCUGCCUUGGCCUCGCCACAGCACCGCCACGGCUCGGACGACGACGACGCCGACCGCCCGGACAAGGACGAUAAGCACGAUCCGGAGAAGCCCUCGGACGACGACGACGUCGACAGCAAGGACGACGAUGACAAGCACGACCCGGACGAGACGCGUGACGAUGACAAGCACGCCGACAGUAAGCACCACAACGACUACGGCUCGAGCGACGCCGACGAUGACACCGACAGCAAGCACGACGACGACGCGGACAAGGACGGCAAGCACGCCAACGAUAGCGAUGACGAUUCCAAGUAG